ACAGUCGUCCCACCUCACCUCGAGGGCUUGAAUCGCAAAACAUAUCAACAUAAGUCAGGCCAUGGGAGCAAGAGACAUACAUUCUUAAUUGCCGCAUGGAUUCCACAAGAUCUAAUGGAACAAUAAUAGCAGGGGAUCUCCGUGACCCCGCUAGCUAAGCAGUCAUUCACCUUUCCGAAUUGGAGCCCGCCUAACAAGAGAACAAUACUAGCGGAUUUCAUCUCACAGUCCCUUGUUUGUCCAAUCGGUACGACAACCCCAUAACACAGAACUAUAAACACCAUGGCCGCAAAGAGCGAUGACGAGGUCGCUCGCACGCGCUUGGAGGAACUGCGUCUCGACUCGAAUCGCAUCCAAGAGCUGUCGGACGAGGAGCUCUACACUUCUGAUUCUAACGCGGAUUACGAGGACCUGGGGCCCGCUAUACCUUCCGAAGCCGAUAACAUCGUCUAUGUGAACAGGAUGAUGCCCAUCUUUGACGAUCUGCAAACUGAGACCUCGCGGGCUCAACAGCAAACCUUGGACAAGAUCCUACCUUACUUGGAAGGCAACCCCAGUAAUUUCCCUCUUAACAGUUUUGGUAUACCAAAGCUACAGCGGGAGAAGCAUGUCAAGUUCUUGAUCCAAGGGUUGGGGGACAAACCUGCUGCGUAUACUACCCUUGACGCUGCGCGACCCUGGCAAGUGUAUUGGUGUCUGGCAGGACUGACGGUGUUGGGCCAUGACAUAUCAGACUACCAGCAAAAAAUCAUCGACACUCUUACUGAUGUCCAGCACCCAGAAGGUGGCUAUGGCGGCGGCUUCGGACAUCUUCCACACCUUGCUCCCACGUAUGCCGCAAUCCUGAGUCUCGCCAUGGCGGGGAGCAGCGCGGCAUACGAAUCCAUCAACCGACGAACCUUGUGGCACUAUCUCGGCCGCAUGAAGCAAGCCGACGGUGGCUUCACCAUGGCAGUGGGCGGAGAAGAAGACAUAAGAGGUGCAUUCUGCGUCCUUGUCGCUCUUUCCCUCCUCAACCUCCCUCUCGAUCUCCCCCCAGAUGCUCCAGCACGUGCCCAAGGCAUGACGACCUUCUUGGACAAGCUGGAUGAAUGGAUCUCUCGAUGCCAAACCUACGAAGGCGGCAUAUCCGCCUCCCCGGGUUGCGAAGCACACGGCGCCUACACCUUCUGCGGUCUAGGCUGCCUGGCCAUCAUGGGCCCGCCUCGAGAAACAAUGAACAAAUACCUCGACAUGCCGGCCCUCAUACGGUGGCUCUCAUACCGGCAGGGCGCACCGGAAGGCGGCUACGCCGGCCGUACAAACAAGCUCGUCGAUGGCUGCUAUUCGCACUGGAUCGGCGGUUGUUGGCCCCUCGUCGAAGCCGCCGUGGACAAGAACCUCUGGAACCGCUCCGCACUGGGUCGGUACAUUCUUUCCGCCGCGCAGGACGAGAAGGGUGGAUUGCGAGACAAGCCCGGCAUGAGACCUGAUGCGUAUCACACCUGCUAUAACUUGGCAGGUUUGAGUGCCGCACAGCACAACUACAAGUUUGAUGAAAAGAUGACGGGGGACGUCGGUAAGGGCUCUUUUGGUGCGCCAUUCCAUUGGAAAGGGGACGGGCUGUUUGAGGGAGACAAGGUGUGGGAUGAGGAGGAUGUGGUUGAGGAGGUGCAUCCGGUUUUUGUGAUCCCGUUCGAAGCGGCGAUGGCGUGCAGGGAGUACUUUGAGGCGAAAGACGGAUUUUGAGCGAUUUGCGGGUUUUGUCAUUCGAAACCGCGAUCGGCGCAUUCGUCGACGAAAACGCUGCUGGAGUUUCGGGUCAGGGUGAUGGAUGAAGUCAAGGGUUUGGUGGAAUGAAACUGCGAUGGAUACGGGGCACGGAAACGUUCUGAAUAAGUUCAAGGCGAGCAGGUGGUUUGCACUGUGCUUUGUGGUCAUUGGGAACGCAUUUGAUCUUUGCAGCGCAACAGCGUUUCGAAUCUCACAAACCGUUGGCAGCUAUGAGUGAGUCUCAACGGAAGCGUCCUGGAGAUGAGCUCCAAGUACAGAGUCUUUCAAGGACUGGCUUUCCAUUUGGAGAAAGCUUCCAGGUAUCGUUGGAGUCUCUUGGCUUGAUUGUUGCCAUUGACAGAGCUGUGAAUACAAAUCAUGUGAUGUGAACCUCUA